AUGUCGUCGUCCAACUGUGCUGUUUCGAAGUCGGUUUCCAACCCAAAGUGCAACCCAACUCCCCAACCAAGUCCUUCCCCUUCCGUGACCGGCAUGGAAGAUGCCCUCAAAGACUUCACUUUGGCAGAUGAGAGCAUCGUCGCCAGAUAUCCUCCUUCUCUCGACACCGACAGCACCCUGUCCGCCCAUACCGUUGUCAAUCAAGACCUGAAGAGCCAGAUUGAUUUCAUGGCCUGGGUUCUGGGCAAUGAGUCUACCCAGAGGCAGGGCCUAACGCACCUUGCCCUCCAAGCUCACAAUCUCAACACCAAAGACUCUGGCUACCACCGUGAUCUCGAAGGCUGGUGCCGCGAUGGCGACAUGUUUGAUCGUUCUGAUCGCCAAACCGGACUGACAGACUCGAUGCUGGUUACCAAACGAUCCAAAAGCCAUGCCACGGAAUACACCAGCUCUUCGUAUGAUAUGCUCUCCGACUUUGACCCCGCUGCCGACACGGAUCACGACGUCAACGGAGCAGGCGCCGCCUUUCACGAUAUUCCCGGCCCACAGCUGGAGGACGACCAAAUCUUGUCGAGUAUGUGA